AGUUCCGGUACUACCCGAGUUUGGUGCGCUGUUUAUUAAGCUGUCGCUGGCUAGUUAUUAAGCUUUCAGUCCGAACAUGAAGCCGGCGGUGGAUGAGAUGUUUCCCGAGGGCGCAGGACCGUAUGUGGACCUGGAUGAGGCAGGGGGCAGUACAGGGCUGCUGAUGGAUUUGGCUGCUAAUGAGAAAGCCGUGCACUCCGACUUCUUCAAUGAUUUUGAAGACCUCUUCGAUGACGAGGACAUCCAGUGAUGAAGAUUUGCGCUUUAUGUGAAAUUCGACCUGUUUUGUUUUUCACUUUUUUUUCUCUCCUCUGUAUAAAGUCCACUUUAUGAUGAUGUGUUUAUUUUAUCGUCAAUAAAAUGUUUUGUGAAAAAAAAAGAAA